AUGCCGCCGCCGCCUCCUCCGCCGCCGCCCGCCCGCCUGUCUAUUCCUUCUUGCCCUGGCGGGCCGUUCCAAGCCCCAAAUUCUCAGAAGCAAGAACUCAUCUCAGCUCAAACGAGAUUUGUGCAUCUCCUAUUCGACCUUAUUUUGAUGCCUAAAGGCAGGCUUGUCGCGAUCAACCCUCCAACCCCGACCUCUUUCCAUAAUCAGAUGGAUUCGAUAGACGUUAAACCAGACAUCGUUAGGGACGCCUACAACCUACCAACGUCUUCCCUACCAGUUAGGACCCGUCCUAUUUCCAUCGCGGCUGUGUCGGACAUGGGGGGAGGGGUGAAGGCGGAGUCAGCUACACCACACACUACACCACAGUGA